CUUAGUCUCCUGCGAAGUUCUCCGCUGUUAGUCUCGGCGAGCCUAAACAAUGAAUGUGAAUAAACCGGAAGCUUUGUACAUGCCUCGUUUUAGUAGUUAAACUGGAGAAAAUAAAAUCGUCUGCCAGCAGUCCAGUAAUGCAAGUUCAUGGUUAUAGUGGCACAGUGUGACAGGGACCGUGACACUGUUUUGUGACACUGACACUGGAUGCAGUUGCUUUGAGCAGUAGGCAUGACAAGAAUCUUUUUCUUCACAGCCGGUGGUCCUGUUGUUUGAUUACGACAUUGCUUUUUGGUAUGUCUAAUUAAAUCCUUGCCACCAAUGUUUGGCAGCGCUGAGCAGAGUGCAGAUCGCUGUCCUCACAGAAAUCUUCGGUGUCUUGUCUGAAGAACACACACGGGGCAGUCGAUUCCUUCCACAGACUCGAUCCUCUACAGGACAGACCAAUGUCAAGCAUGUCUGGUCAUCAACAGUUGGCUCCACGACAGGGAAAGCGCCCUCAAGGAGGAGGUGGAAGUUCUAUAAGUAGCGGUCAGGUGAAAGUUUACCUACACGCCGUUACCGACGAGCAGGCUGCACUACUUACAGAUAAAGGAGGCAUAAGUCCACUUGAAGACAUCAAAAAGAAGUCAGGUGCUGAUGUAGACUUUGACCUCAACCCCUCACCUGUACCAGGAAUGAAGAUUGUCAUCGUCCGCGGUGUUUCUUCUCAGAUCGAGGCUGCAGUCCGUGACAUCAGUCAGAAGACAGGCGCAAAGGGGAGACUAUCAGACCAGGCUCAGACAUUCUGGCUCCAGUGGGUUGAGGCCGCGUUCCCUGAUCUCGACUCACGCGCCUACUUCCUGCCUCCUGUCUACUUCAACCGCGUGCCGUGAGUAGACAGCCGAUAUCCGGUCGGGAUGUUUAUGUCCUCGAAGCAACAUCUGUUCAUCCGUCGACGACAUCUCAGCCUCCUCACGUUCAGGACAGCGACAUGUCAGGACGAUUGCCAUGCAGCGGAUUUUUGUCUGUCUUCAGAAAAUGUUUGAAGAAAACAGCGAUGCCAUGGUUGGACUGACUCAGCUUCAGUUCGGAAAGUACCUGGGUGAACCUUGUUACGCUGCCGCAGCUACCCGGCUACCCAUAUCCUUCAGCCUCCCACCUUCUUUACCACGGAACUGGAAACAGGGAGACUUUGAUGUUUCUUCUGAUUCAUCGACAGUACGGACUGGUAGUCUGUGAGGUGAAGGCGAUUGGUGACAAUAUAAAAGCUGUGAACAUGUCGCAACAAGAUUUAGACAACAAAAUUAGAAAGAAACUGAGGCGAUGCCGCGUCACAGCUGGACAAGGCGGAGGCCAUGUUGUGUUCACCUGGUGUCCGACAUCGCUCCCGGUCUGGGCAUCACUAAGGUGAUCGCUUUCCCCAACCUCACAGCUUGCCAGCUUCAACAGGCCAUCUCCGGCGACAACAACCUCAUUCAGACCCUGUGUCGGUGUCUGAAAACAACAACAGACCCCGCUGCCAUCACAGGUCUGUGUCUGUGCUGUGAUCAGUUGUCUGACCCCAAGACACCAUAUGACGUCAGUAGUCACGUGCUGGGGGAACUCGGAGACUGGUGGCAGCGACGUGUGGCUGGACCUUUGUCUAAAGGUCAGAACGUGACAUUAGACGUGUACAAAGGUCUGGUAGCCAGAUUCUGUGGUCCUGCGACAACAGUAACCGUGCCAUGCACAUCUGUUCCACGUCUGAGUGUGAAGACCAUGAGUGAGGCCGUGUCCAUGACAGGAGAGUGCUACACUGCUGUGAUAACACUCUUCCCGGAGCAAGUUCACCUGCUGCACACCUCCCCUGCUAGAAUAUUUGUAACUGGACCGCCAGGUACAGGUAAAACUGUGGUGCUGCUGCUGACGGGUAUAAAAUGGCUGCAAUGUGGUCACCCUGUCUACAUUGUGAGUACUUGUGAAGAGAGUCGUACAGCGUGCAGCAUGCUGUAUCAUCUGUUGCUACAUACAGGGACCACACAACAGUCAGCCAGUCAGCUGAUGAUGGUGGACUAUCGUCUUUAUGACGAUGAAGACUUGGAGAUGGCCGUCGAGGACUUGUCACAAGCGGCGAUAGAUGGGUCGUUGUAUGUCAUCGCUGAUGAAGCGGGGACUAACUUCAAGACAUUUGUGUGACAAGCUGCUGACACAAGUUCUUGAUCUCCAUCUUUGGGCGGCAAGUUGCUUACAUGGAGACGCACCCGCCGGGUGGCAAGUGGAAUAUUUAACCAGACCCCUCCGCUUUCCCCCGGCCGUCGUCAGGGAAGUCGAGCAGAACGAGUUAAUCACUGACCAACGUGUCCAGCCGUACAGUGAGCGUGGUGUGCCCGACCCGACAGACGGCCCGCCAGUCAGACGACUGCGUCACGGAGGUCAGGACCAUGAUGGUGACAGCCCAGGUGACUGUGUCACGUGCGGUCGAGAGGUCGCCAGCCUCCUCCACAAUUUACGUGUUGGUGUUACGGAGAAUGUCACUACAACAUCCACGACUUUAACUUCCUGCACAACACCACCCUGCCUACAGUGGAGAGACGUGCUGGUGCUGUAUUGGUUGGACGUCAAAUUACUGACAGCUCGGGUAUGGUGGAGGGACUAAACGAAGCGGGUAUUCCAGUGCAGAUGAUGGAAGAUGACGACAUUGAUGACGUGGCCACAGCCCUCAGUGACGUUGUGUGGGUGGCGCGUGGAGAUCGUGUUCAUGGUCUGGAGAGAAAAGUUAUCGUCUGUCUGUAUAUUGAUGAUGUUUAUAUCCGACUUAACGUCAUGUCUCGGUGUACGUCACAACUGGUGAUUGUCUCCUGAAAACGUCUCUUCCUCUGACGUCAUCAUCUCAUGCCGUAUCAAUUCUUUUUUUUUCACAAAACGAGCUCCACACCUGUCUGGACCUGAUCUGUCUGUGUUUACACAACUAGUGUCAACAUUAACAUCAUGUGACCCACACACUG